AUGUUUGACCAAACUGAAGCAUGUCUUAUGAGAUAUUUCAUUGAAGAAAUAUCACCUUGGUUUGAUACAUGUGAUGUACGGAAACAUUUCCAGUACUACAUUCCGGAACGUGCCAGGUAUUUCCAGCCGCUGUGCAAUGCCAUAUUCGCAACAUCUGCACGACAUCUUCAUCGAUUGCCUCAACAUAGAACGCCCGGAGGUAUUUGCUAUCAAGGUCAAAUCCUGACCAAUCUCACACCCCAUGUUGCUGUUGAGUAUAUGUUGAAAUGUCUACCGGCACUCAGGUCAUUCCACGAAAUUCAGGAUGAUGAUCAGAGAGAUUUGAUCAUCGCUACAGCUAUAAUUCUACGUCAAUUUGAGGAGAUAGAGGAUGUUGAAUCAAUUAAUAUUGACGAGGCAUUGCCAGAAGGCUCUUCGACCGGAGGAGUAAACUUUUUAGAUAUCAUAAACACUGUUUUACGAAGCUCCCACAUUGUACACAACCCCAAUGGCCAAGGAUUAAUUCACGUAGUGUAUUGGAUAUCGCUCAGACAGGAAGUUUACUCAGCCUUCAUGGGCAGGCGCUCGCCGCAGAUGCUUCUAUCGCAAGAACAUUGGAACGAUGCCGAGGCUAUAGACAAGACAAUCAUGCAUGCAGCUCAGGUAGCCAAAUGGUUAUUCGAUGACGGAUCGGAGAACGAGUGGUACCGAUUGAAAGAGCAGGAACAGCUACUCGAAUCGAUCAUCCAAACUCUGCCCCAAUUUCUCCCAAUCCUCUGGGAACCACCCAACAAGUCAAGAGGUGAAGUCUUUCCAAUUGUCUGGCUUGGUUCCGAUUUGGCAAUCACUGGGAUUCAGCAUGUAAUCAUUUCAAAGAUGGUCCUGACAGCCGAGGACCCCAAUCUAAAAUCGGAAGGGGUAGCGCGGGGCGCGCAUCGUCAAGUUGAGUCAAAAGUUCGAAAGCUGGUUCUUGAUCUUUGUGGCAUGGCCCGUUCCCGACCUCAGUGUCCUCCCGCCCUUGUCAAUGCCGCCAUGGGUAUCCUUCACUAUGGCCACUUCUUCACGGAUGAGUGGGAGCUACAAGCGUUGCGAGCAAUAAUCACAAAGUUUGAGAAAAUUCGGGCGUGGCCAGUUCCAAAGGAACUAAGUACGUUUUGCUGA